UUCGUGUCAAGCUAGGGAAAGGCUUCUGCGAUGAGUUUUCACUCACCGUUCUGAUUGUGCCAUAGGUCAACACCGUUUCUUCAAUCUCUCUGGCGCUUAUUAUAUCAUCGUAUUCUUCAUAGUUACUAUUCAUUCAACAAGAGGAAUGAAAACUAAAUUGAAAUUGAAAUUGAAAUGAAACAUUGUAGCGAGAUCCCUAAUCCUUCCCUUCACGCACCGUAGAUUUUUGGUGAUUCUUCACCUACGUUUCGUAUUUAUCUCGCAUUAUAAAUCGACAGAGAAACCAUGCUUCUGCAGAACCAAUCAAUGGAGGAGCUCCUCGUUCAAUUUCUGAGAGCUUCAUGGCUGGCUGCAACGUUACCAAUCGUAAUCGCGUCCUUUUCGAUUCCCAGUCUAAGCUUCCUCCGCCGCACCUUGCUUGGCCUCGCUGCGCGAGGCAAAAUCAUGCAAUCCUCCUCCCAACAGAAAUUCACGAUUCCUCAGAGGCUGUUUUUUCACUUCUAUCUGGUGGCUUUUUUGUGGACCACGCUGCUGCUUGUCGCGACUUGGGCGUACGCGUACCGCAUGGUUCCGGUUGUAGCGGAACCGUUUUCGUAUUCUACUAUCACCAGCUUCUUGACGGGUGGUUCCACCAUAAGAACCGAUUCUCAUAAACUGAGGCAGGGGUAUGCGGCGUGGGAAGCGGUUUCUCUUCUUUUGCUGAUGGAAUUUCACGUCCUCCGCCGACUUUUUGAAACCAUUCAUGUCUUUGACUACAGCCCUUCUGCUCGCAUGCACGUCAUUGGUUAUCUCACUGGAUUGUUUUUCUACAUAGCAGCACCACUAUCGCUGUGUGGUGAUUGUGCAGUUGAGGUGUUUAACUUCGUAGCAAAUCUAGUGACCGAGUUCAUUGUCAAGGGCAAGAAUCAGAUGCAAGUAACAGAGUUAGACAUCUGGCAGGUUUUAACUCCUCUUAUCAGGCUUGGGUGGAAGCAUUGGAUUGCUGCAGCUGUUUUCUUAUGGGGUUGGAUUCAUCAAUACCACUGCCAUAAGAUUCUUGGUUCUCUACGACAUUCAACAGACGCUGAGGAAUACGUAAUUCCUCAUGGUGAUUGGUUUGAAAUCGUCUCCUCUCCACAUUAUCUCUCUGAGAUUGUUAUAUACGCUAGUUUUGUGGUCGCAACUGGAGGAUCCAACUUAACAAUCUGGUUACUCUUUGCUUUUGUGGUGGCAAAUCUGUCAUUCGCAGCUGUGGAAACACAUAAAUGGUAUCGUCAGAAAUUUAAAGAUUAUCCAAGUAAUCGAUUUGCUAUAAUUCCAUUUCUUCUGUGAGACUAUGAGCAAUGUGUAAUUAUCACAAUUGAUCUCAGCAAAGAACUUUACUAUUUCUCAAGUUGUACUUGUUUAGAUCGUGCUUUUUUAGUGUAGGUAAGCUUAUACUGAAAUUACCGAGAUAACUUUUGGCUCUCUUUUUGGUGUAAAAAUCAAACAUUCAGAGUCAGAGUCGAUCCUAUUUUACUUUUAC